GUGGGUCGCUAUGGGGCAGGUGGGGAACCGGGUCGGCGUUCGCCGCGGCGCCGAUGACUCCGUGCACAUCCUGGUGGACGGCGAGGACAUGGGGCCGGCCGCCACCGGCGUCGCCAAGAACGCGCACGUGGCGCUGGACCUGUACGGGCGGGUGACGGCCGUGACCAUCGUCAGCACGGGGGGAGGGGGCGAGGCCGGGGGGGGCAGUGCCGGCCCCUCCCCCACGCCCAGCCCCACCCCCACGCCCAGCCCCUCGCCCACCGCCAGCGCCCCCCACAGCGCCCCGCCCACCUUCCUGCCCCGCCACGGCUGCAACAUCACCCCAUUGACAUCCAUUGAUGUCCAUUGA